AGGGGCGGCGCGCGCAUGCGCGGGGCGCGGGCCCGGCGGCGGACGGGAAUUAAAAUGGAAGAUGAGGAGGUCGCGGAGAGCUGGGAGGAGGCGGCCGACAGCGGGGAGAUAGACAGACGGUUGGAGAAGAAGCUGAAGAUCACCCAGAAGGAAAGAGCCGGGUCUUCCAGACGGGAUGUAGCUACAGCUUUGGGGAAGCCUUGUAAGAAAAAGCCUCUCCCAGGAAGAAAUGGCAGAAAGUCCAAAUCUCCUCCCAAAGUGCCCAUCGUGAUCCAGGACGACAGCCUUCCCUCGGGGCCCCCCCCUCAGAUCCGCAUCCUCAAGAGACCCACCACCAACGGCGUCCUCAGCAGCCCCCACUGCGCCAGCCGCCCGGCCUUCCCGGUGAAAUCCCUGGCACAGAGGGAGGCCGAGUACGCCGAGGCCAGGAAACGGAUCCUGGGCAGCGCCAGCCCCGAGGAGGAGCAGGACAAACCCAUCCUAGACAGGCCCACCCGGAUCUCGCAGCCGGAGGACACCCGACAGCCCAACAAUGUGAUCCGGCAGCCGCUGGGCCCCGAUGGCUCGCAGGGCUUCAAGCAGCGCAGAUAAAGGCGGAUGCGCCGCCGUUCCGGAACGCCGGGCCCCCGGCACGGACACACGGACCUGGGCAAGGGGGACUCCCGGCAUGAUUUGCACUGUGACCCCUUGGCUCUGCCCACUGUGACCUUCAGCCCCACGCACUGUGACCUCCCCUCUGCACCCACUGUGAGCGGCGAUGCCGGCAGGGCUGUCCCGAGGAUCCAGCGGGAUGAGGAGGGGGGUGCCGGACUCGGGCACCGGGAGCUGCGUGUGCCGCUCGGGUCGGGGCUGGCGCCAGCAAUAACGUUUGUUGUAGUCGAAACCCCGGCAUUUAAGGAAAAAAAAAAGAUGGGAAGUGUCCCCAGCCACGCAUGUUGUCCUCAUCACUUCCAGAGCGAGUUCUGUUUCC